CGGGGCCGGGGCCGGGGCCGGGUCGGCGCCGGCGCGGACCGACGGACUCCGGCGGCGAAGCCGUUCCGGUGCCCGCUCUGCCCGUCGGCGUUCUCCGAGCCGCGGGCGCUCGCCGCCCACGGCCGGGCGCACACCGGCGAGAAGCCGUUCCGGUGCCCGGCGUGCGCCGCCGCCUUCGCCCAGCCGGCGAACCUGGCGGCCCACCGGGCGACGCACCGGGCGGCCGACAAGCGGCACCGCUGCGCCGAGUGCCGGGCCGCCUUCGCCCGGCCCUCGGACCUCGCGGCCCACGCCGAGACGCACGCCGGGGGGACGGAGACGCCGGCGGCGUCCGGCGGCUGCCGCCGGCGGUUCCCCUCGCCGGCGACGGCCGGCGAGGGGAACCGCCGGUGCUCCCGGUGCACCGCCGCUGCCGCCGCCGGCCGCCGCCGGCGGCGGGCGGUCGUCCGCCCGUCGCCACGGGCGGCUCCGUCUUGCCGCGUCAACGUCGCGGUGAGACAGCCGCCGGCGGCUGCGGCGGCGGCGGCGGCGGCCGUCUUGCCGGCUCGUCACCGGUGCGGCGUCUGUGGCGUGAGCUUCGCGCGGCCGUCGAGCCUCAGGGCCCACGGCAGGAUGCACGGCGGGGCCGGCGGGGCCGGCGGGGCCGGCGGGCGGGGCCGGCGGCUGCGGCGGGGCGCUGCGAAGCGCUUUGAGUGCAUCGUGUGCGGCGCCGCGUUCGCACGGCUGGACAGCCUCGUCAGGCACAUGGCCGGGCACACCGUGUGA